UUAAAAAAUGAUAAUGACAGUCCCGUGAGCCGGUGCGCAAGACGGGCCCGGCGGCGUAAACAUUGGGCUGGGCGUCCUGACUCCUGACCUGCCCGCUCAUGGCCGUGACGGGGGAAGGCACAGGGACAGACUCACCAACUAAGCCUGCGCGUGAUGGCAUGUGGAGGCUGGGAAGGAAGUGUAGAUUCUAGCCAGCUCGAGGCCAGGCUGAGAGUGGGACUAGAGGCUGACCGUCGGUACGCAGCAGAAAAUUCUGCUAAGCUGCGGGGAAUCCAUUCUGCCCCAACCUAUGAAGAAUUCCGGCAGCUUGUUCUUGGUGCCCAUCUGAAGCCUCUUGACAGAAAUGACAAGAGCAAGGUCAAGCCCUCCAUAUGGAAUUCCUUUGCAUCAACAGCUACUAAAAAGACAAGUAAAUCCCCACCACAAGACAUGGAAAAUUCUGUGUACCCAACAGACGUCCAUUAUGAUGUCAACAACCCACCAAACACUUCUGAAGGGCUCGUGCAGCUGUGGGAACGACUUGAUCUAGCUGAGCGACUGGAGCUGUUGCGUAACUUGUCCCCUCAAGCGACAGAGAAACUAGCUGGUGGUCUGGUAGCAGGUGGACUUCUUGGCGAUGCCAUCACUACACUUCUGGCCUUUACGCCGACUGUCAGUGAUGUUGUCAUGGUUGUUAAUAUGCUCCAUGCUCUCACUUUAGCCAAAAGGUUUAGUCUGAGCGUGACGCUAGUGUGUGGAGAGGAGCGGUGGGCGUGGGGCCGCCUCCUGGAGAAGCUACAACUGGCCCUGUCUGAACGUCCACAGGAUCUGGCUGAAAUGAACGUCACUGAGUGGACUCUAGCGCAGCUCAAGCUCAAGUUUAAUCUCUAGAAUAGUUAUAUUUUUAAUGGUAACUAAUAGCCAGUGUUAUAUGUUUUAACAAAUGGAUCUUUCUUAUAUCUGUUCCAUAUUAUAUGUAUUUUUUUAUAUUUGGCUUUUCUGAAGGUGCAUUUGUUUCUCAUAUAAAGAUCUAUUUCCAUUAUAAUAAUGGGGACUAUCAUGUAAGCAGUAUUACUUAUAAGGAAUCUCUUUUAUAUAAAUAUUUCUUGUACUUUUAUAAUGCUUAGAUUAUUUUCAUAUCUUUUAAAUUUGCCCCUCAGUAUUUAUUUUUUUCUUAUUUAUAGUAACAAGGACGCUUAAGUAUACUGGUAUCUAGUAAUCAAUGAUAGCCUGGUUGAUUUGCCAAAAUGAAUUGCUGAAUGCACGAAAAAUGACGGUAAAAGAUAUUCUCUGUGCUAUAUACCUUUCCCAAAAAUUUAUUUUGGCCCAGAAAAGUUUUAAAGUUAGUGUCAUGCUGAAAUAGAUUAGUAAUAUAGGAUUUCAAGUGUGAUGCCUCUAUCUGAUAAAGUCUGACACAUUAAUCAGAUGGGAGGGUCAGAGGAGCUUCUGUUUAGAAGUGAAUUUCAGGGAUUGAACCCAGACCCAUCUCUGGGAGCUUGAUAACAGGCUUGUAUCUCAGCUAAAGUUGGCAUCACCCACGACCUGUCAGCAGAUUUGGGUAUUUUACAACCAAGGUAACAGAGAUGGAAAACUCUUGGAUGGAUAGAGGAAAUGACUGAAGAAAAGUCAAGUGGAUAAUGUGUAUUCAAGAGGAUGCAAAGGCAUGUUAGAAAUUAUUACUUUUUAGACUCAGUAUUGCAAAUUGUGGUACAAAUUUUAAUUAUGUCUCAUAACACCUACAGAUUUAGAUAAACAAAACUAGUAAGUUGUAGUGUUGUGAUGAAUUCUUGCACAAAACCAGUAAAUUACUGCUUAAGGUAAUUUUACAACUUUUUUCUAAACUAUGAUAAUAGACAUGUCACAUGAAGGACUAAAAGAUCUUUUAAAAUGAUAAAUAGCACAUAAGCAUUCAAGUGAUAAUCUGAUUUGGCAGAAAAUGAACAUUUCAGUCCUGAUUACCAGUGCUUUUAAUAUAAGAAAUUUUAAUCAGACAUGCCUAUCCAUAAAUCAGAAUUUUGUAUAUCACAUUCAAAAUCACCUGCAUCUCUUUCCUUUCCAGUAUCAGUCUCCCCUUAUCAUCAUGUGCUAUAUAACACUGCUUUCAUGAAGUUACUCUUUAUUUCCAUUUAUUAAAAAAGCAAUUACCCCCACUUUUCUGAUGUAAAAAAUGAGACUUGUGAAAAUGGCAAAAAGGAAACCUGUAAUGGAAGGAGCAGUGGCUCAUUCAUCUGUAUUAUUAAGGCAUUAGAUCUGCAGCCAGGUUUUCACAUGCAUUUUUCUUUCAUUAUGGUGGUCUCAUUUAAUGGCAGCUGUCAUUAAGCUAAUAAGAUGGACAGCUACACUUCUCAGGGGUCAGAAUGCUGACUCUUCAGUAAUAUAUAACUUAUGCACAAAUAACAAUUUCAUGCAAUUUACCAAAUAUGUUACACCAAAUAUUAAUAGAAUAGCAAUGCACAUCAUAGAAACAAUGAAACAGCUACAUUUGAAAGGCAUUGUGGGGUUUAAAACUAGCAUACAUAAUCUAGAAUAACUGGAUACAUUUUAUGAUCCAUGAGUUAGUGUCAUUAAUAAUUGUGGUUGGAAGUACAAGGCUUGGAUCACACACCUCACACAGCUGCUGCCUUCUGUUUUGGAUUCAAGGGUGAUGCCCCACCUCUCUCCACUCCAAGCAACCAGCACCCAGCAGCAGUAGUAAUGUUGAGUAGCCCUGCAUAUGAACUGUUACCUUAAUUUCUGCAUUCAAUAGCCACAACCCGUCUUACACAAAUGCCACAAAGCAGUACAGCAGCAGCAAUAGCAACAUAAAUGAAUAGUGACUAAAGAAUGGCAGGGCAGGCUAGAGACCCUAUAGAUACCUAAAAUCAAUAACCCAAAACCUCUCACUUACAAAUGAGGAAAAAUCAGAAAUUAUUAGUAUAUGGCUAAGAUCUAAGUAACGCAUUAAUGUACUGACGAGCAAAAGUCCAUCAAGUUUAAGAUGAAAUAUAUUUGACUCCAAGGACAGAAGACAGGCCCUUUGGACCUAAAGACUAACAAAGAAAAAAGCCUUGACUAGCCAAAGUCUAGAGGUACAGUAAACCCUUUAUAAAUCAUAUUUUUAUAUUUCGGAUAUCAGACAAAGUGGACUUUUUUUUAGGAUUCUGGGCACAUCCAUACAGUGGACCAAAAUUUGGGAUAUAUGGCACCUGUCUGGACAGCAAUGGGAUGGAUGUAAAUUAGUCAAAAGAUCAGGUUUAUAGCUUGGAAUUUGUUGCAAGUCUGGACCACAUCAUUUAAAACAACGGCUGCCCAUCUCUCACAUUGGUACCCUCAUUGGUACAGGGCAAGAGGAAUGCAGCUGCUCAUUGUUUGAUUUUAUUCUACCAUAUAGACAUGGAAUAGUCAAAUUAACUUUCAGUUUCAACAAUAGUUUAGAUUUAUGUGCACCAAAUGCAGCUCUUAACUUAUUCAACCGAAACUAGUACACGGUGCUCCAUAUAAAUUUUUGUUCUGUGUUUUGUGUACAACUGCUGCCCUCAUCACUACCACCUUGCCCUCAGUGCCAUGUUGCACAAGACAGUAUUUCAAAGGCAUAUACAUCUAUAUUAUGCAGCCCUGCUCUGCUCCCAUGUGGUGUCAAUCAUUUAUGCAGGAAUUAAUCAGAAACUCUGGUCAACCUGGGAACAGCCUUGCUAGACUACAAACUAGCUUUUCUUUUAAAUUUGUAUAUUUUUGCUUUCAGAUGAGGUUUCCCCAAAUUAUUCCAAUUUAUGGAGGGUUUAUUGUACUAUGUACAUACUUAUACAAGACUUAUGAGUAUGAGGCCCAUCAAACAAAGAAGAAAACACUAGAGGCCCUUGGGAUAGGGAAAAAAAUUAUGUCUAAUAAUUGAUAUAUUCAGGUGCGGCAACUAGCCAAUGCUGACAAAGUCUUCACUAGUGGCAAAUCAGUUAUCCCUUCAGCAAUUACAGAUUACUGUAUUCAUAGUGUGCAGUGAAAUUAAAGUGCAAGCAACCUAUUUAUGGAUACAAAAAAACAUAUCAUGGUAAAUGAACAUUGAAAUAUUGAUUUUGAUGGUUGUGAGUAGACAAACAUACAUAACUAUUUUGCUGCAGAUGAUAGAAGUUUAGAAUCAUAUGCUUUUGAUCACUUUAAUGCUCUGAUAUUAGAAUCCUCAGCAUUCAUUGAUAAAGCAAACUGAAGUGACUUAUUACUAAUUCAAUUUUAUUGGACUGAUGGUAAGCAAUACUUAUGUCAGACAGACAGCAUCUGUAUUUGGAACACCUCAGGUCACUCUGCCCAUCUUCCUGUAGUUUUUAUUCUUAACUGCACCACAAAGCUUCCCACCCCAUCCCACCCAUUUUUUGACUAAACACCAUCAUUCAACACCAUUUAUGCUGCCUAAUGACAAGAUUUGUAAUGAUUUGUUCAUUAUCUAGGAAGAUAAACAUACUGGAAAGUUUUCUAUUUGGGGUACUUUGGAAGUCUGGUAAACCAUCUUGUAAUUUUCUUCUUUAAAAAUGAUUAUGUAUAUUGUUAUCAAGUGUUACAUUUGUCACCUUGGUUGCCAUUACCCUUUCUCUCUGCACCACUCUCCAUCACUUCUACUUUUAUCUCUUGCAUCACUACAUGCAUGUGUAAUCUGAACAAACAAAUAAGGUGAUGACAGACAUUCUGAAAUGGCUUUGACUUACUGUUAUUCCAACAAAAGGCAGACAUAUACCUAGGGCUGCUUUCACAGUCAUUUUAUUUGUUUUGAUUGUUACCAAUGGUGGCGAUUGCCACUUUAGUAUUUCCAUGUAAAACUGGCCAAUGGGGUAGUGGCGGCUGCGGGGUUAGCCAAGCCCCGCACCUUGCCACACACUCUCAACACGUCUCGCUUCCUCUGCAGCUGCCACUACCCCAUAGGCCAGUUUUACGUGGAAAACUAUAGUGUCGAUCGCUGCCAUUGGUAACGAUUGAAACAAAGUGACUGUGAAAGCGACCCUUAUCACCUGUGCUAUAUGUAACACAACCAAUCCUCAUUAAAGCUUUUCAUUUCUUAAAAGUCCACAUGUGGGUGACUCAUUCCUUUGUCAAUCCUGUCACAUGUUAACCAGUGGCAUAGUUAGGGGUCUGCAUCUGAAGGUGCCCAAAGCAUCUAGCUAUGAAUGUGUAGGCCUGGGAUUGAACACUGGCCUGGGCAGUUGGCACACAGCCCACCCAGCAGUUCAUCCUCCCAUUCGGGCACAUGUGAAAAUGCCUAGAUAAAUGGGUACUUGAUUAAGAUAAACUGUGAUAAUAUUGUUUAACAUUGUUUUUUCUUCAUUUUGCCCUUUCUUGAGUACUGUGGUCCAGUUUGAAUGUUAGCAGCUCCAUGCCAUCUCAAACUUUUGGAUUGUUAUUUGAACUUAGUUUCUACUACCCAAUGUCAACAUCCAACUUUGUCAUCUUCAAGUGGUUGGUGCUUUGAUCUUGUUUUUAAGAUAGUUGAUAAUAGUUAGCACCUUCUUCACGUUAUGUUAUCAGCUCAAUUUCAGCCUGUUCAAUAUACACGCCAUAGUCUACAAUUGAAUGAGUGUGCUCUUCCACCAUUUAUUUGCAUAACUGACCAAUUUUCUUGGUCACUUAUCCUCAAUUUCAUGAAAAUGUUGAAUGUAUUUUCAGAUGAGAUUGUUUCUUUUAUUUAUAUUGAUAAGUUUAGAGCAAAAGUCAUCACCCACCUGUUAACUCAUUAGGCUUUAAUUUUUGUCCCCCUAUCUUUUUGUUUUCUCUUCUUCUUACCUUACUCUCACAUUUUUCAUAUCCAUGUCUGAUCAUCAAGGGGACUCUGUUUGGGUCUAUAUCAAUUUUUGGGUUUCCCUUGAUGCCCUUUCAUGUAUCUAAACAAUAAUAAUAAUAAUAAUCCAGAUGUUGCUAUUGUGUUGUGUCCCAGGGCAAUGGAUUCUCACCCACCAUAGGCUCAGUGGCCAAUGGGACAGAGAUGAGUACUGAAGCCAUGUGCGGCUAUAAUAUAUACCCGCAACUUUACCUUCACCACAGAGGAGCACAAGUUAGCUGGGGGAAGGUCCUAUGGAAUUAUCUAGUUUACUAAAUUAAAUUACUGUACAUUUCAAAAUUUUAUACAGGAGUCUAUGAAGGGCCUAAUUUCUCUAAAGGGGCCUUUGACCCCCAUGUUCCCCCAUAGCUAUGCCACUGACUUUAUUUCAAGCUUCAGACAUACCACAUGCUUAAACUGUUGCCCUUCUCAUACUCUACACAGGCUGUUAUUUUAGUGCAAAUGUAGCUAAAACAUUGCAUAUUCCUCUUUAGCUGUUAAUUCCCUCAACUUUUUAAUGAAAUGUAACCAUCUCACAUUUUUUCAGUUUGUGGUUACCUAUGCCUUUUAACAUUAGGUACACAGGCAUUUUAAUGGAACACUCUUUUCAUGGUUGAAUACAGCAUCACAUACUAUACUCAUGUGCUAUACCUGCACCAGCUGCAUUUCUGUUCUUUGGUUCCUCACAGCUUUAAAUGUUUCACUGCCACAACUGUAUUUUACUUCAUGAUACUCUUCUCCUCCUCUUUCUUUUUCUCUACCUUUUCUUUCUUCUCUUCCUUGUCAGUAGUGAUUUGAAGCAUAUAAAUCACUGUGAAAAAAACAUGUAAGAAAGCCAUUACUAUGCUCAGGUUCAUAGCUAGGAACUUCUAGUGUAUGAUGCCAGGAGUAACGCUAUCAUUAUAUAUCUCAAUGGUAAGACUUCACCUGAAAUAUGCAGUAUAGUUCUGGUCGUGUAAUUCCAAGAACAUCAAAUUACUGUAGUGAGUACAGCUAUGCACUACAUAAAUUAGUUCACCCUUAAGGGCUCAAUCAAAUGAAGAAUGACUUGAAACUCAACCUCUAUGUUAGAAAAAGAGAUGAUUACUAGAGGAUUUGAUACAGGUAUUCAAGUUUACUGAAGAAGUUCAGUAAUGUCAAUCACAUUAACUAAAAAAUAAGAACUGCUGGUUCAAAUGAAGCCAUAUAGUACAGACAUUGGCAGGAGUUUUCUCAAGCAGUCAUCCACUUGUAGAACAACCUUCCUGCAGAAGUAGUUAGUUUGAUAACUAAUCACUCCUUUAAAAAUUGCCUUAACCAUUACUUUGUUUCAUCAGGAGUUAAUUGAGUGUCCCCAUACACAAAUGCUUUAAUCUGCUCCGCAGGUCACUAAAGUGCCUGAUGAACUGACUAAACAACUAAAGGUCACAACCUUGUUAUGAGCCGACAGGGUUUCUGUUACUUGCCUUUCUAUGUUUCCUCCUCCUUCUCCUGCUCCUCCACCUUCUCUUCCUCUUCCUCCUCCUUCUCCUUGUCCUCCUCUUUUUCCUCCUCCUUCACCUCCUCUUCCUCUCUUUCCCCUCCAGACUUAAUUUUUGCCUUGCUUAUGGUGUCAUACGUUAGCCUGGAGGUAUUCAUUUUUAGGCUUUAUACUAGAAAAUUCCUAUCCUGUGGACUAAGUAAUUGCAGUCUUCAUUUGCAACUGCAUGAUCUACAAAAUAUUAAUACUAAACUUUUCCUUACUGUGACUAUCUUCACUAAGUAAUGCCAAUGCCCAAGGAGUACAUAUAGCUAUAUAUAUAUUUCAACUUUGCAAAUAUUUUUUGUAACAAAAUAGUUUUAGAUGCUCUAGUUAGACAGAACAUUUUUGUCUCCAUUCUGGUCCACUUGAAUAUUUUCUAACUUCUAAGAUGUAUUAUUUUGCCUGCAGUUUUCUGUUAUUCUUCAUGAUGAUAUCCUUUGUGAGCAGUAUUAUUCAUAUUUCAUCAACUGUUUUCACCCUUCAGAGCGUAAAAAUGCAUAUUUUGAAAAAAAACAAAACAAGCAGCUAGUCUUACAGUAUCCUCCAAAAAGAGUGCCCAUGCAGCUGCAAAUAAGGUCAUUAGUCACUUAUUAUACAGUGUGGCUUCAUGCUCUUGAAUAUCAACUAAUUUCUCUCUUUACACUUUAGCAACUUGCACAGGUCUGAGAGUCUUAGGAUGUAAUAUAGGUACUGCCAGAGCACUCUGAGUUAUGCUCAUGGGCGACUUGCCUCUCAGCAUCACCUCAUAUUCAUUCCCACCCACCUUCGUUGCCCUCUUUAUGUUACAUUCUCCACCAUGCCUGCCAAGCAGUAGUCAGGUAAUGAGAUCACAUUUCUUAUUCUAAUUGAAGGAAAUGUCCCAACGGGCAUUUUUAUUUAUUCUUUUUAUUCUUGAGCUACCUCCUUUAUUGUAAAAAAAGGGGCUCUAAGGCAAAUUGCCAGACUUACUUGAAUUUUUUGUCCACCAUUAGGAAAAUAUCCAAGCCCAUUAGCAUAUUUGUGAGGAGUACAGUGUUGAAAAACCCAAGACCACUGCUGGGAAAGUGAAAAAAAUUAUCCAGACCUUUGUUUCUUGGGGUGGAAUGUUGGAAAAAUGAUAUUAAGUAUGCCUGGCAAAAUCCUUCAGAGAUACAUUUUCACUAAUCAGGGUGAAAAAUGUGAUCUGCUCACUGCCUCAUUGCUACUUGUCAGGCAACACAGAGAAUGUGGAGAAAAGAAAAUCUGGAGGACAAAAAAAGAUGAAUGUGAAUGAAUAUUAAGUGCUGCAGAGAAGAUGUGUCCUAAACUUAACUGUAGCCAUAGUUCAGAGAACACGUGAUGAGUCACACCCUGUGGCUCAUUCAAACCAAUGAAAGAUUUCUGAAAUGUAAAGAAAGAUAAUUAGGAAACAUUUAAGGGUGCAAAACCAAACUGUAUAAUGAGCAACCAGCACCCUUGUCUGUGGAUGGGUGCAUGCACUCUUUCUUGCACAUGCUGUGGGUUUAGUGCAGUGGUUCCCAAACCCAUGGUCAUGACCCAAAUUGGGGUCACAAGAGUGUUUCUGAGGGUCAUUGGAGGGCCUUGGAAAAAGUCAUAAUUAUAACAAUAUCACAUUCUGAAGGCCAUUUCUUUAAAUCACACAAAGGUCAAAUUUAGAUUUCUCAGUAUUGUAGUUGAAUUAGUUGAGUAGGACAGCAUGAACAUUCUCCUAAACACAUGCUAACAAAAGUAGCGUUGUAGUACAGCACCCAUACACAUACAAUUUGGCACGUCAUAUGAGUAGCAUUCACAUAUAAUAUUCGUCCGCCGAGCAGACGGCUAGGAGGCAGAGGAUAAAAUCAUAAAUAUCUGAAAGUAUAACAUAUAAAAAUAAUUGGAAAUAAAUACUACAUACAGACCUGGACAAGACUAUUAAUUUUAGGGUUGCAACCAGAAAAGUUUGGGAACCACUGGUUUAGUGCUUUGGGGCUCAUGCUAUCAUAGCUGUUUCCACCAGGGCAGAGUGAGUGUCUACAUAUACUCUCAGGCCCCUUACCAGUAUCCUUCCUUUGGCAUCAGAAAACAAAACAUUGCUUCAACAAAGAGUAGCCGUUGGGCUUAAUAAAAAGGACGUCACCUUGUUUUGCAAACUAAAUAAAAGAAGUUGCAGUACAAAUGUAGCUCCUGUUCAUUUGAUGUAAAUAGCUAUGCAGUUUUGUGGAACAGUAGUAUGGGAUGACAUCCAGCUCUAUAAGCAAAAUAUUCAAACCACUUUGUCCAGUUGUUUCUGGUGCGGUGCAACAAAAUUGCUUAUCUUGAUGUAAGUACUUCAUGUGCAUGUACUCCGAUGCACACAGUGGAUUAAGCCUCUAAUAAAAUGUAAUGACAAGUUUGCACUUUUGGCUGAAAAUUGUGAGUGAAGCUUGCAAACAAAUACUAAAGGAGUUAUUAAGCUAUUGUAGUACACGAACGCAAAACAAUGAUGCCAUACUUUAUAGCUGUUGCAAACAGAUAAUUUCUGCCUUUCUGCUUGUAAUGUACAAAUUACUUUAAUAGCAUGAAUGCAGUCAUAUAUUUUCAAGAAUUUUAAUAUCUAAGUAACUCAUAUUACAAUUUAAUAGACUAUAUUAUUUUAAUUAUAAAACAGUAAUGUGUAAUUGCUAUUUCUUCAUAAUCCAAAGUACAUAAUGCUAUGAUACCAAAAUGCAUUGUCUGCUUUAGAAUUGUGUUUCCAGUGAAUAGUAAUUUUCUUUCUAAUGAAAUCUCAUUAUCCUCAUAUAGUUUGUUUACUUAUUACACAAGGAUGCUUUAGCAGUGAUGUUUUAACUCUAAGGUUAGAAGCUUUGGGAUGGAGAACACUAAUGUCCAGGAAGUGUUCUCUGCAGGUACACAUGGCAUGUGUGAAGACAAUCAAUCCACCAGAUCUUGCACAACAUGGAUCCAUGGAAAGUUGUAAUUACUAAUGUUUUAUUGUGGAUUUUUUUUAUGGUCAGUAAUAAUAGAACACACACACUAUAUAUAUAUAUAUAUAUAUAUAUAUAUAUAUAUAUAUAUAUAUAUAUAUAUAUAUAUAUAUAUAUAUAUAUAUAUAUAUAUAUAUAUUUAUGUCCCAAAAAUCAUUAAUACAUAUAAAAUAAAGUUGGCUUGCAUUAAUGUUGAUGUUAUCAAUCAUAAGAAACAAAAAAAGUGUAUUAGAAAAUCGUGUUAAACAUUCUUAAGGACAACCAUGUCAAAGUAGGUCAUUUUUAGUUUUAUAAUGAGUAUGAACCAUUCAUAAGCUCACACUGAAAGUUGUUUUCAACUCUUACAGACUAUCUGAUAAUCAUAACUGAGGAAAGGUUUUAUUGCUGUGUAUGAUUUUAUUAAAAAUCAGUCACUUCAAUUCAUAUACAGCAUAAUGCAACAACAAACACAUGUUUUUUGUCAUAAUUGCAAAAUCACUUGGUCAAUAUAUCAUUUCAAUCAGGAAAAGAAACAAGGCCAAAGUUACAUGUAUCAUACAAAAUGACUGCUGAAUGUCACUUUUCCAAAUAUCUGUAUAUUAAUUUUGAGUUGCACUACAUGAACCAUUCUGGCAAGGAAUUACAAUGAAGACAGCACAAACUGUCCAUAUAUUCUAUGCCAAAGUUACAUUUUUCUUCAAAAGAUUCAGAGAAAGUGAACAUGAUGAACUAUGGUUAUUGUAAGAGACUUAUAUGUUGUGAUCUUACCAUUUUUAAUGAAAACUUAUUUUUUUAAUUUUUCUUGCAUUAUCAGUGUACUUUAAUAUUCAUAUCUAAUUAUUGUCAUAGGAAUUUAUGUACAAGGUGAGCUUAAGAUAAUUUUGUUCCUUCUUUGAUGUAUAGAGUAGUUAAUGAUUCUUUACUCAUGUGUUUAAUAAAAAAUGACAUCUUU